AUGGGUCGUGGCGAGUAUCGAACUGCCGAUUCUUUUUCAGGAAAGUGGGGUGCUAUGAGGACGAAGGUUAGCAAUUUCAACAACAUAUAUACUAAUCUCAUCAACAGUAGUCGAAGAAAAAGUGGUACGAGCGACGUCGAUGUCAUGACACAAGCCCAUAACGACUAUAGAAUGUACCAUGGGCAUAUGUUUACGUUGGUAACCACAUGGGAGCUUCUUCGCAAAUCUCCAAAGUGGCAUCUUGUAGCACCGUUCGACCCAACCCGCCCUAGAUCCAAACGGUCCAAAUCGACAUCCACCACCGAACCAUCUGGGUCCGAUGCUCGUACAACAAUUAAUCUAAACGACGAUGCUGACGAGUUUGAAGAACCAGAAGAGCUGCCUCGUCCAACUGGUAGGGAUAAAAGUAAGACAGCGACACGUGGAAAGUCUACUACAUCAGAUGGCCCAUCAAAGUUGAGCGAGUUCGAGGCAAGUCUCAACAAAAUAAUCUACAUUAGGGAAAAAGACCAACAAAUGAGAAUGGAGAAACAAAUCCAAAAAGACAUGGAGUUUCUCGCAAACGAUGUGCCAAAUCUACCAGAGGAGGACCGAAUCAUUUUGGAGGCUCGUAAGACACAAAUUCAGGCAAAAUAUAUGUAG